AUGAAGUUUGGAAAGGAAUUUGCCUCCCAAAUGGUACCAGAAUGGCAAGAAGCUUACAUGCAUUAUGAUCAUUUGAAGAACCUUCUGAAAGAAAUUCAACGUGUGAAGCAAAGAAACAGGCAACCAGAUGGGCUAAACCGAGCGUUAACGCUAUACAGAUCUUUCAGUGGUCUAAUACAAAGACAGAAGCACACCGUAGAUUCAAACACAAAUGACGUUGAAAGCCAAGCCAUUCUUGCGAGUCACGUAAAGCAAAAUGGGACUGAAAGAUACGAGACUAUGUUUCUCAAGGCUGCGGAGGAAGUAGGGGAAUUUGAACUAGACUUCCACAAAAGGCUUGGUGAUGAGUUUAACAAGGUUGACAGGUUUUACAGGUCUAAGGUGCAAGAGGUGGUGGAUGAAGCUGAAAUGUUGAGUAAGCAAAUGGAUGCUUUGAUUGCCUUUCGUAUGAAAGAUCGGAACUUGCCGGGACUGUUUAAUAGGACUGGUGAAUUGGAUUGUCUUGCUUUCGAUAAUGCAGCUACUGCUGCAUCUGCUGCUGGAUCAAGUAGAAUUAUCUCCAUGGAUGCUACUGCCGUUGGACAGACGUCGAAUCGAAGGGAAUUAGAUGACUUAAAUGAUGUUACAGAUGAUCGGCAUAACAGUUCCAUCCAAGGGGAGAUUGUUGAAAAGAAACUGAAGAACAGCAGUGGAGUGAGACUAGCUUCACUAGAAAUACUUAAUCAUGUGAAACUGAAUAAAACUCUUGACACUCCUAGUUCAACCAUCAAAGGCUGUCUCGAUCUUUCCAAUCAAACUGAGGCUAAGUUUAGUAGGAAAAAUCUAAAGAAAGCUGAAAAACAACUUAAGCUGGCCUUUAGUGAAUUUUACUACAAGCUUCGGCUUCUAAAAAACUACAGCUACAUGAACAUACGAGCAUUUUCAAAAAUAAUGAAGAAAUAUGACAAGAUUACUUCAAGAAGAACAUCAAAAACCUAUAUGAACAUGGUGGAUAACUCUUAUCUUGGCAUCUCCGAUCAAGUAACAAAGCUCAUUGAGAGGGUUGAACUAACAUUCACCAAGCAUUUCUCGGAUUCAAACCGAAGCAAAGCCAUGGACACUUUAAGACCACAAUCAAAGAAAGAAAGACAUGGGAUAUCAUUUUCCAUGGGCCUGUUUGUUGGCUGCAUUUUGGCUCUCAUUCUAGCUGUUAUAUUAAUCACACAUGCUCGAGAUCUGCUGAAUAUGAAAGGGAAAGACCAGUACAUGGAAAACAUGUUUCCUCUUUACAGCCUGUUUUUGUUCGUUGUUCUACAUAUGCUCAUGUAUGCUGCCAAUAUAUACUUCUGGAGGCGGUACCGUGUCAAUUACUCCUUCAUAUUUGGCUUCAAACAAGGAACACAACUGGGUUACCGAGAAGUUCUGCUGUUAGGCUUUGGUCUGGCAGUCUUGUCGCUUGCCAGCGUGCUUGCAAACCUUGACAUGGAAAUGGAUCCCAAGACAAAUGAUUACCAAGCAUUGACUGAACUUGUACCUCUAAGUUUGGUUGUGGUGAGUUUUCAAGAUUCGUUCUUGGCAGAUCAGUUAACUAGCCAGGUGCAAGCCCUUAGAAGCUUGGAGUUCUACAUAUGCUACUAUGGCUGGGGAGACUAUAAACUAAGACAAAAUACCUGCAGAACCAAUGGUGUAUACAACACUUUCUAUUUCAUUGUUGCUGUCAUUCCUUACUGGUCUCGUCUUCUUCAGUGUCUUCGACGCCUCCACGAAGAGAAGGACAAAAUGCAAGGAUAUAAUGGGAUUAAAUAUUUCUGCACAAUUGUUGCCAUAUGCACAAGGACUGCCUACAGUCUUAACCAAGGACUGGGCUGGAAAAUAUUAGCCUCAGUAUCCUCAGUGAUUGCAGCUGUGUAUGGUACAUAUUGGGACCUAGUCAUGGACUGGGGGCUUUUCCAAUCUCAGUCUAGAAACUGGUUGUUGAGAGACAAACUCCUUAUCCCUUACAGAAGUGUAUAUUUUGGAGCAAUGGUCUUGAAUGUAUUGCUGAGAUUUGCCUGGUUGCAAACUGUCUUGAAUUUCCAGCUGCCUUUCCUACACAGGCAAUCCUUAAUUGCAAUUGUAGCUAGCCUUGAGAUUAUUCGCCGCGGAAUAUGGAAUUUUUUCAGGUUGAAGAAUGAACAUUUACACAACGUUGGAAAGUAUCGCGCAUUCAAGUCUGUACCACUACCAUUUGACUACAACGUGGGACUAAACAAGCAUGAGUUGGUCAUUGCAUCAGAACAAAAUCAGUAG